CACAGAGACAUGAUGGGGGAGAAUGUCACCAAGGUCAGCACCUUCAUCCUGGUGGGCUUCCCUGUGGCCCCGGGGCUGCAGUACCUGCUCUUCCUCCUCACCUACCUUGUCCUGGUGGAGAACCUGGCCACCAUCCUCGCCGGCUGGGGCAGUGCCUCCCUGCACAGGCCCAUGUACUACUUUCUGAGCUCCAUGUCUUUGCUGGAGCUCUGGUACGUGUCUGACAUCAUCCCCAAGAUGCUGGAGGGCUUCCUGCUCCGGCGGAAACGCAUCUCUUUCGUCGGGUGCAUGACGCAGCUCUACUUCUUCUGCUCCCUGGUGUGCACCGAGUGCGUGCUCCUGGCCUCCACGGCCUACGACCGCUACGUGGUCAUCUGCCACCCGCUGCACUACCACAUCCUGGUGACCCUGGGGCUGUGCCUCCAGCUGGUGGGCUUCUCCUUUGUGAGCGGCUUCACUGUCUCCACGAUCAAGGUGGAUUUUAUCUCCAGCGCCACGUUCUGUGGCUCCAACGUCUUGAACCACUUCUUCUGUGACAUCUCCCUCAUCCUCAAGCUGGCCCGCAUGGACUUCUCCACUGCAGAGCUGGUGUUUCCCCUCCUGGCCACUGUGCUGUCAUAUGGGCACAUCACCCUGGCCGUCCUGCGCAUACCCUCGGCCACCGGCCACUGGAGAGCCUCCCCCACCUGUGCUUCUCACCUUGCCGUGGUCACUGUCUUAUACGUGGCUAUGAUUUUCAUGUAUGUCCAGCCCCAGGCCAUUGAUUCCCAGAGCUCCAACAAGCUCAUCUCUGCUGUGUACACUAUCGUCACGCCAAUAAUUAACCCUUUGAUCUACUGUCUGAGGAACAAGGAAUUUAAGGACGCCUUGAAAAAGGCCUUGGGUCAAACUUCACAGUAAGACAACUAAGUGUCCUGGAGCAAAACCUGCAGUGAUGAAACAACAUCGCAUAUGGCUCUUUAAACUGAUUUUUAACUGAAAUUGAACAAAUCUACAGGACUAUGUGAAAGUAAGCAAACCUACAGAACUGUGCACAAGAAAGAAGACUUCACCUGCAUGUGUUGUCACAAAAGGGCCAUACUCACAGAACCAGCUCCCAGAUCAAGAACUAGAAGCUGCCUUCAUGCCCUCUCCCAGUCAUUAUCCCCGCUCCACAAGAACCACUAUCCUGACUUUCAAAACCAGAUGCUAGCUUUGGUGUUUCUGAGGGGUUUAUACAUGUAAUCAUAAAGUUUGUGCCCUGUUAUUUCAGCUUCUUUCAUUCCCCGCUGCUUGGUGAAUCUCUGAUGUUUUCGCAGGUAACAAUAAUUCAUGCAUUCUCAUUGCUGUCCAAUAUUCAUAAUACAUAAUGCAUUAAUACUGCAUAAUACAUGCCUAAUACAUUUAGACUGGGAUAAUACAUAUACUGAGAUAAUGCA